GCAGGGCCUGUGCCCGCCCCAACCUCGCCUGGUGUCACUCUGGAAACGCUCCUGCCCCGCACCGCCAGUCUCAGCCAGGGCCAAGCCCUGUCUGGACAUGUGGGGCUGGCUCGUGCAUGCAGGUGUGCCCAUCCGUGUGGGAACAGGGUGCCACAGAAGGGGACAUGGUUGCGAUGACACAGAACCAGAGCCCACGAGGGCCCAAGCCCUGGCCCACCUGUCAUCUUGGUCUCCCUGAGGCCUUGGGGCCUGAGUUCUCAGAUGCCCACAUGACGUGGCUGAACUUCGUCCGGCGGCCGGAUGAUGGGGUCUCAAAGAAACGAUGCCGAGGCCAGAACAAAAAGUUGCGAGGCCUCUCCGGCCCCCCAGGGCCUCCUGGGCCCCCUGGCCCCCCAGGCCCCCCCGGUGCGGAAAUCACUCAGGAGGCCCUGCUGAGGGAGUUUCAGGAGAUGCUGAAAGAAGCCACCGAGCGUCGGUUCUCGGGGCUGCUGGGCCCGUUGCUACCCGAGGGGACAGGCGAGCGGCUGGUGGCCGAGGGCUUCCACUGCCAGCUGAAGGGCCCCAUGCGGGUGGACAAGAAGACUCUGGUAGAGCUGCAUGACUUCCAGGCUGUGAGUGGAUGUGGGGGGUGGGCCUGGCAGGUUGCUGAGGGGCCUGGCAAGCCCUGGUCAUCUUGGGAGCAUCUGCUGCAGGUCCUCACAUACUUAAUGGGGUCCAGCUGCGGGGCAAGGUGCUGGGUUGGCCCCCUACAAGUGAGCAGGCCCACAGCCGCCAUGGGAUGGCCACGCGGCACACGCAGAGCACGGCCCACAGCCACUGUGGGACGACCACGCAGCACAUGCAAAGCAGGGCCCACAGCCACCACGGGAUGGCCACGUGGCACACGUGCAGUGGGACCCAGGGCAGCCUGGGUCAGGGUGGGAGGUCUUGUGUGCGCCAAGGCUUCGGGUGGUGUCCAGAGUGGCCAGGAAGCAGGGAUACCCUCCCCUGUGGGGGCUCUCGGGGCCUUACCCACCCCUUGGGGCCUAAAGCCUGUGCCCGGAGGUCCAGGGAUGCAGACACAUGGGUCAUCCCAUUGUCCUGCCCACCAGGGCCUACUUGGGGUUGGGGGCUGUUGGUUGCAGCCUCCUCCCCCAGACUGGGUGUGCAAGAUGAGGGUCGAGGCCCUGGAGCCUGGGGUUCACCUGCUGUCCCUCCAGCCUACAGCCCAGGGCGCCUUCCUGCGGGGGUCCGGCCUGAGCCUCGCCUCGGGCCGGUUUACAGCCCCAGUGAGCGCCAUUUUCCAGUUCUCUGCCAGCCUGCAUGUAGACCACAGGGAGCUGCAGGGCAGGGGUCAGCUGCGGGCCCGGGACACAGUGCGGGCACUCAUCUGCAUCGAGUCCCUGUGCCAUCGCCACACGUCCCUGGAGGCCAUCUCAGGCCUAGAGAGCAAUGGCAGGGUCUUCACGGUGCACGUGCAGGGGCUGCUGGAGCUGCAGGUGAGGCAGGAGGGGUGGCAGGGCAGGAGGGGUCCUGGGCCUCCAAGCCUCCACCUGGAUGCUGCCCAGCCCGUCAAGUGGACGGACGUCAGCUAUGUGGCCACUCAGGACCCCUGGGCCCUGCAUGGCCUGGGGCAGGUGCCACCUGAUGGGGCUGGGGCACCAUUGCUCCAUGAGCUCCCCUUGGGCAGGCCUGUGGGGGGUGACAUUCACUGUGAGUGUCUGCAGGCUGGACAGUACACCUCCGUCUUCGUGGACAAUGGCUCCGGGGCGGCCCUCACCGUCCAGAGCAGCUCCAGCUUCUCUGGCCUGCUCCUGGGCAUGUGAGGGCACCAGCCAGAGCUGAGAGGAGCUGCUGUGAAGAGGACUCUGUGAGGCUGUGGAGGGGCUGCCCGGCCCCCACUCCGCCCCGACCUUUGUUAUCUGUGGUCACAGCAAUAAAGAGCCCCCAGCCCUC